CGCGCCGGCGCACGCCGACAGCGCGCCCGCCUCCACCUCGACGAACCGGUCUCUCCGUCGCCGCCGCGCCUCGCGCCUCGCGCGUCCCGCCCCGUCUCGUCCUCCGCGUCGAUCGAUCGUAUCGUUCGAUGGCUUCCGUCGUCGUCGUCGCGUCGCCGGCCGUCCGUCCCCGCGUCGUCACGCUUCGCGCGUCGCGUCCGCGCACCGCGACGAUCGUCAACGCAUCCGCCUCCGCGCCGUCGUCGUCAUCGUCCACGCGCCGCGUCGCGCUCCUGACUCCCGCGCUCGCGGGCGCGUUCGUCGCCGCGAUCGGCGCGGGAUCCCUCGCGGGCCCUCGCCCCGCGCGCGCGGACUCGCUCCCGGACGAGCAGGACGUCAAGCUCCUGUGCGACGCCGCAUGCGAGGAGACGUUGAAGACCGCGGAGCUGGUCACGACACCGUCGGGGUUGCAGUAUCGAGACGUCGUCGUCGGCGACGGCGCGAAGCCGGAGCCCGGGUUCCAGGUCGUCGUGGAUUACAUCGCGAAGAACGAGGCUGGGCUGAUCUUCGACAACUCUCUGGAGAAGGGAAAGCCGAACGACAUCCGCGUCACAGGGGACCCGACGAGCUCGCUCGUGAUCCCCGGCUUGGAUGAAGGGAUACUCACCAUGCGAAGCGGCGGGGUUCGGAGGCUCUACAUCCCCGGUGAGCUCGCGUUCCCGAAAGGGCUCGCAUCCGCGCCCGGGCGCCCGAGGAUCUCGCCAUUUUCCCCGGUCGUGUUCGACGUGAAGCUCAUUUACAUCCCGGGGUUGGAGUGAGGGGGCGCGAGUACGUACUCUGUGGGGUUUUAGGCUGAUUCGAAUCACGGCAACUCGUCGAACGAAUCUGAUUCGGGGGAGUCAGAGUAAGGAUUAUCGAAAUUGAAACGGAAAUCGAACGAAUGAAU